GGUCUGGCGGGUCAAUCCCAGUACUUAUCCUAUAAAUAUUAGGGAAUGAUAGAAUGGAGAAAACACAUCAAGUAAGCAAUGGAAACUCAAGUAGUUGAAGACAUACUCAUAGUUGGAGCUGGAAUUGCUGGCUUAACAACAUCACUGGGACUUCAUAGGUUGGGUGUUAGAAGUUUGGUAUUAGAAUCUUCAGAUACAUUGAGGGUCACAGGGUUUGCUCUAGCAACAUGGAAAAAUGCUUGGAAGGCCUUGGAAGCCGUCGGUGUUGGAACCAUCCUUCGCGACCGGCAUCUACAGGUUAAUGGGAUUACCAUUACUUCUUUGAUUACCGGGCAACCUACAUCUACUGUGUCUUUCAAGGAUAAUGGAAAGCAUGGAUCUUGUGAAGUUCGUUGUGUUAGAAGGAAGUUAAUGUUGGAAGCCCUUGCCAAUGAGCUUCCAAGUGGCACCAUUAGGUACUUGUCAAAGGUGGUUGCUAUUGAGGAAUCUGGCUUCUAUAAGAUACUCCAUCUUGCUGAUGGAACCAUCAUUAAAACCAAGGUAUUGAUUGGGUGUGAUGGAGUAAACUCCAUGGUAGCAAAGUGGCUAGGCUUCAAGGAGGCCUCUUUUACAGGUAGACAAGCAAUCAGAGGUUGUGUAGAGUUGGAGAGCAACCAUGGGUUUGAUCCCAUGUUAAAGCAGUUCUUCGGCCAAGGUUUUCGAGCCGGAGUUGUUCCCUGUGAUCAGGAGACCAUUUACUGGUUUUUCACUUGGACACCUACCACACAAGGGGAAGAGCUAGAAGAGAACCCUGCUAAACUAAAAACUAAGCUGAAACAAUUUGUGUUGAACAAGCUUGAGAAGAUGCCAAGUGAUGUUAGAUGCUUCAUAGAAAAAACUGAAUUAGAUUGUUUCCAUUCAGCUCCAUUGAGAUAUAGACAACCAUGGGAACUCAUGUUGGGAAACAUUAGCAAAGGUAAUGUUUGUGUUGCCGGAGACGCUCUCCAUCCCAUGACUCCUGACCUUGGCCAGGGUGGGUGUUGUGCUUUGGAAGAUGGGGUUGUUUUAGCCAGGUGCCUAGCUAAGGCAUUCUCUGAAAAAUCGAAAGAAAAGAAAGGAGAAGAAGAUGAAGAGCAAUACAAAAGGAUAGAGGAAAGCUUGAAGAAAUAUGCAGAUGAGAGAAAAUGGAGAAGCAUUGAUCUUAUCAGUACAGCUUAUAUGGCAGGUUUUGUUCAGCAAGCAAAUUCGAAAUGGGUCACUUUUUUAAGGGACAAAGUUCUGGCUAUAUUCCUAGCUGAUAUUCUGUUGAAGAAGGCAAAUUUUGAUUGUGGAACACUAAAUAGCUCUUAGUGACAUGAUUAUCUUGUAAAAUGCUCAGUUCAUCAUUUUGUUGCCUUCAAUAAUAUGUCUGUUAAAUGUGAUGUAUGCUUUUGAAUAGAUUGUUAUUAAACUGUAUAAACCUAUUCUUAUACUGUA